AUGUUCAAGGGUGAAGAUGAGUGGUUGAAACAGCAAAGGAGCUUCUGGAACGCAUUCUACCAUGACCUCAAGCAACAUGGGCCGAAGACGACACCCCUCGAACAUCCCGAGGGUCACGAACCGCAACUGAAAGUCGACUUCGAUCGGCACGCCGAGCACACACGGCCGGAUUAUAUGCAGAUCACAAACGAACAGCAACACGCAUUGACAACGGCUCACUCUGCCUUUGUGCAGGCGCUUGGGAACCGAACCUACUCGUUGCCGUACAAGCCUGGAACACGAGGUGUUGUCACGACGGCAGGAGGCAAUUACCUGAACGUUGCGCUGGUUUCGGUGCGUAUGCUGCGGCGGACGGGCUCAGUCUUGCCAGUCGAGGUCUUUUUGGCAGAUUGGUCGGAGUUUGAUGAGGACAUCUGCGGCGCUGCAUUACCCUCCCUCAACGCAAGAUGCGUGGUUCUCGAAGAUAUUUUCAAUACCUAUUACUCGCUCUACAAGGUCGACAUCUCAACCUACCAGUUCAAGGUCCUCUCGAUCAUGCUGUCUUCAUUCGAAGAAGUCCUAUUCCUGGACUCAGACUGCUUCCCGGUGCACGAUCCGUCGCCGCUAUUUGACAAGCAGCCUUUUACAGACACCGGUCUCAUUCUCUGGCCGGACUUUUGGUUCCCGUCUGAAUCACACCUUUACUUUGAUAUUGCGGGCAUUCCGGCUCCCGAUGUCCACAAGCAGUCUAGCACCGAGGCAGGCGAGAUUAUGUACUCGAAGAGCAAGCAAGAGGCUGGCAUCCUCCUCGCGGCCUACUAUAACUACUACGGCCCGGAUUUCUACUACCCACUACAAUCUCAAGGCGCACCGGGCGAAGGCGAUAAGGAGACCUUUUUGUGGGCCUCCAUUGCGACCAAUACUUCCUACUACGCCGUACGCGAGCCCGUGAACGCGCUCGGUUACCGCAGCUCAGCCGGUGACUGGCGAGGCAGCGCCAUGGUGCAGUUCGAUCCCUUCCAAGACUACCACAACGCCACGACGCCAUACCGACCGCGACCCUUCUUCUUGCACGUCAACUUCCCAAAGAUCGAUCCGGGUCAGAUUUUCAUCCCUGAGCACCUCAGCUUUGGCGUGCUUACGCCGGUAUUGGACUCGGAUAACAGCAUGAGACGGAUUUGGCAUAGCACAACGCCCGCAGCGCUGGAGUUCUUCAUGGGUGAGGACGUGGAGAAGGCGAUGUGGGAGGAGGUCAAGGAUAUCGCGUGUACGUACGAGAAGACCAUUCGGGCGUGGAGGGGCAAGAAGGAUGUGUGCCAUAAUGCAACGGUUUAUUAUGACCAUGUCUUCUUGCACUGA